CAGUGCUCGGGUGAACCAGCGAGUGCCACUGAGAUGGCGGAGCCUGAGCUUUCUAUCCCAGAGCAGAUUGUGACCAAGUUCAAUAUGAUUUCGAUUCUUGCCGCCCAGACACAAGAAGAAGAAGCAGCUGAUUUGUGGGUUGAUGCAGCUGCAAUUCGGAAGAAGGCAAAUGAAAUCCUGUCACUGCUCAGUACUAUCCCAGAAGAAGAGGUAGACGUGCAGGACCAGGAGCUCCAGAUCAACGAUCCUAGCACUUUAUUAAGUCUUUUUGCAGCAGUGUUCGACUGUGCGCGGGCCAUGGCGACGCCGGAUGCGCAUCGGAACUGGCGAUCAGCUUGCGGAGCAAUCGUUUGGGCUGCUCGGAGGGCUGAGGAGCUGCUACAGCCAUGGCUGCUGGUAGAAGUGGUCCCUGAGGAGUCCGAUGUAUUCACACAUCUUACGGCAAGAUCUCAUCCAAGGGCCCCAAUUGAGGAUGGUGUCACAGUCACAGCGCUGACAUGGAGUGUGACAGACGAGACCUGGACACAAGAUGCAGAGGCUUUUCACUUUCCAGACUUUCCAGAUGCCAUUGCUGCCGGGGAAACAGAAGCAAAACUGCAAUCCUUGGAGCACCAACUGCUGGAGUUGCAGAACACAUACAAAAGUCAAAAAGAUCCCGAAAUUGCCUUGACACUGCACGCACUAGGCAAUGUGAGUCUUAGGGUUGGAGAUCUCGAGCAAGCGAAGCAACACUUUGAUGAGUCCUUGCGAAUGAAGCGCUCCUUGUAUGGGGGCAUGGAUCACCCUGACAUUGCCGCGACACUGCAUGCACUAGGCAAUGUGUGUGUGCAGGCUGGAGAUCUCAGGCAAGCCAAGCAAAUCUUUGAUCAGUCCUUGCAAAUGAAUCGCUCCUUGCAUGGGGACAGGGAUCACCCUGACAUUGCUGUGACACUGCUUGCGCUAGGCAAUGUGAGUCUGAGGGUUGGAGAUCUCAAGCAAGCAACGCAGAACUUCCAUGAGUCCUUGCGAAUGGAGCGCUCCUUGCAUGGGGACAGGGAUCACCCUGGCAUUGCUGCAACACUGCAUGAGCUAGGCACUGUGACUCGGAAGGCUGGAGAUCUCAAGCAAGCGAAGCAGCACUAUGAUGAGUCCUUGCGAAUGAAGCGCUCCUUGCAUGGGGACAGGGAUCACCCUGACAUUGCUGCAACACUGCAUGAGCUAGGCACUCUGAGUCGGCAGGCUGGAGAUCUCAAGCAAGCGAAGCAGCACUAUGAUGAGUCCUUGCGAAUGAUGCGCUCCUUGUAUGGGGACAGGGAUCACCCUGACAUUGCCGCGACACUGCAUGCACUAGGCAAUGUGUGUGUGCAGGCUGGAGAUCUCAGGCAAGCGAAGCAAAACUUUGAUGAGUCCUUGCGAAUGAUGCGCUCCUUGCAUGGGGACAGGGAUCGCCCUGACAUCGCUGCAACACUGCAUGAGCUAGGCACUGUGACUCGGCGGGCUGGAGAUCUCAAGCAAGCGAAGCAGCACUAUGAUGAGUCCUUGCGAAUGAAGCGCUCCUUGCAUGGGGACAGGGAUCACCCUGGCAUUGUUGCAACACUGCAUGAGCUAGGCACUGUGAGUCGGCAGGCUGGAGAUCUCAAGCAAGCGAAGCAGCACUAUGAUGAGUCCUUGCGAAUGAAGCGCUCCUUGCAUGGGGACAGGGAUCACCCUGGCAUUGUUGCAACACUGCAUGAGCUAGGCACUCUGAGUCGGCAGGCUGGAGAUCUCACCCAAGCGAAGCAGCACUAUGAUGAGUCCUUGCGAAUGAUGCGCUCCUUGUAUGGGGACAGGGAUCACCCUGACAUCGCUGCAACACUGCAUGAGCUAGGCACUGUGAGUCGGGAGGCUGGAGAUCUCAAGCAAGCGAAGCAGCACUAUGAUGAGUCCUUGCGAAUGAAGCGCUCCUUGCAUGGGGACAGGGAUCACCCUGACAUUGCUGUGACACUGCUUGCGCUAGGCAUUGUGAGUCUGAGGGUUGGAGAUCUCAAGCAAGCAACGCAGAACUUCGAUGAGUCCUUGCGAAUGAAGCGCUCCUUGCAUGGGGACCGGGAUCACCCUGACAUCGCUGCAACACUGCAUGAGCUAGGCACUCUGAGUCGGCAGGCUGGAGAUCUCACUCAAGCGAAGCAGCACUAUGAUGAGUCCUUGCGAAUGAAGCGCUCCUUGUAUGGGGACAGGGAUCACCCUGUCAUCGCUGCAACACUGCAUGAGCUAGGCACUGUGACUCGGCAGGCUGGAGAUCUCAAGCAAGUGAAGCAGCACUAUGGUGAGUCCUUGCAAAUGAAUUGCUCCUUGCAUGGGGACAGGGAUCAGGCUGACAUUGCUGCAACACUGCAUGAGCUAGGCACUGUGACUCGGCGGGCUGGAGAUCUCAAGCAAGCGAAGCAGCACUAUGAUGAGUCCUUGCGAAUGAAGCGCUCCUUGCAUGGGGACAGGGAUCACCCUGACAUUGCUGUGACACUGCUUGAGCUAGGCAAUGUGAGUCUGAGGGUUGGAGAUCUCAAGCAAGCGAAGCAGCACUAUGAUGAGUCCUUGCGAAUGAUGCGCUCCUUGCAUGGGGACAGGGAUCACCCUGACAUCGCUGCAACACUGCAUGAGCUAGGCAUUGUGACUCGGCAGGCUGGAGAUCUCAAGCAAGCGAAGCAGCACUAUGAUGAGUCCUUGCGAAUGAAGCGCUCCUUGCAUGGGGACAGGGAUCACCCUGACAUCGCUGCAACACUGCAUGAGCUAGGCACUAUGACUCGGCAGGCUGGAGAUCUCAAGCAAGCGAAGCAGCACUAUGAUGAGUCCUUGCGAAUGAAGCGCUCCUUGCAUGGGGACAGGGAUCACCCUGACAUUGCUGCGACACUGCUUGAGCUAGGCAAUCUGAGUGUGGCAGGCUGGAGGUCUCAAGCAAGUGAAGCAGCACUAUGGUGAGUCCUUGCGAAUGAUGCGCUCCUUGCAUGGGGACAGGGAUCACCCUGACAUCGCGGCAACACUGCAUGGGCUAGGCAUUGUGACUCGGCGGGCUGGAGAUCUCAAGCAAGCGAAGCAGCACUAUGAUGAGUCCUUGCGAAUGAAGCGCUCCUUGCAUGGGGACAGGGAUCACCCUGACAUUGCUGUGACACUGCUUGAGCUAGGCAAUGUGAGUCUGAGGGUUGGAGAUCUCAAGCAAGCGAAGCAGAACUUCGAUGAGUCCUUGCGAAUGAUGCGCUCCUUGCAUGGGGACAGGGAUCACCCUGACAUCGCUGCAACACUGCAUGAGCUAGGAACUGUGACUCGGCAGGCUGGAGAUCUCAAGCAAGCGAAGCAGCACUAUGAUGAGUCCUUGCGAAUGAAGCGCUCCUUGUAUGGGGACAGGGAUCACCCUGUCAUCGCUGCAACACUGCAUGAGCUAGGCACUGUGACUCGGCAGGCUGGAGAUCUCAAGCAAGCGAAGCAGCACUAUGAUGAGUCCUUGCGAAUGAAGCGCUCCUUGCAUGGGGACAGGGAUCACCCUGGCAUUGUUGCAACACUGCUUGAGCUAGGCACUCUGAGUCGGCAGGCUGGAGGUCUCAAGCAAGCGAAGCAGCACUAUGAUGAGUCCUUGCGAAUGAUGCGCUCCUUGCAUGGGGACAGGGAUCACCCUGACAUCGCUGCAACACUGCAUGAGCUAGGCAUUGUGAGUUGGGAGGCUGGAGAUCUCAAGCAAGCGAAGCAGCACUAUGAAGAGUCCUUGCGAAUGAUGCGCUCCUUGCAUGGGGACAGGGAUCACCCUGACAUUGCUGCAACACUGCAUGCACUAGGCAAUGUGUGUGUGCAGGCUGGAGAUCUCAGGCAAGCGAAGCAAAACUUUGAUGAGUCCUUGCAAAUGAAUCGCUCCUUGCAUGGGGACAGGGAUCGCCCUGACAUGGCUGCAACACUGCAUGAGCUAGGCACUGUGACUCGGCAGGCUGGAGAUCUCAAGCAAGCGAAGCAUCACUAUGAUGAGUCCUUGCGAAUGAUGCGCUCCUUGCAUGGGGACAGGGAUCACCCUGACAUUGUUGCAACACUGCAUGAGCUAGGCACUCUGAGUCGGCAGGCUGGAGAUCUCAAGCAAGCGAAGCAGAACUUCGAUGAGUCCUUGCGAAUGAUGCGCUCCUUGCAUGGGGACAGGGAUCACCCUGUCAUCGCCGCAACACUGCAUGAGCUAGGCACUGUGACUCGGCAGGCUGGAGAUCUCAAGCAAGCGAAGCAGCACUAUGAUGAGUCCUUGCGAAUGAAGCGCUCCUGGCAUGGGGACAGGGAUCACCCUGACAUCGCUGCAACACUGCAUGAGCUAGGCACUGUGACUCGGCAGGCUGGAGAUCUCAAGCAAGCGAAGCAGCACUAUGAUGAGUCCUUGCGAAUGAUGCGCUCCUUGCAUGGGGACAGGGAUCACCCUGACAUCGCUGCAACACUGCAUGAGCUAGGCAUUGUGAGUUGGGAGGCUGGAGAUCUCAAGCAAGCGAAGCAGCACUAUGAUGAGUCCUUGCGAAUGAAGCGCUCCUUGCAUGGGGACAGGGAUCACCCUGACAUCGCUGCAACACUGCACGAGCUAGGCACUGUGACUCGGCAGGCUGGAGAUCUCAAGCAAGCGAAGCAGCACUAUGAUGAGUCCUUGCGAAUGAAGCGCUCCUUGCAUGGGGACAGGGAUCACCCUGACAUUGCUGCAAUACUGGAUGAGCUAGGCACUGUGACUCGGCAGGCUGGAGAUCUCAAGCAAGCGAAGCAGCACUAUGAUGAGUCCUUGCGAAUGAAGCGGGGACAGGGAUCACCCUGACAUCGCUGCAACACUGCAUGAGCUAGGCACUGCACUGCCCAUUCCAAGAAGUUUUCGGGAUGGCUUUCCUCUGGAGUUUGAUCCAAAGAACCUUUUUCCUUUCUGGGUGCUGCAGAACGGUUCCUGCUUGGUGCAUGCCGAGCGUCCUUUCUGGGUGCAUGCCUUUACAGAUCCAAAGAACCAUCAGAAUGGCUGCCAGCCAUUUUAUUGAAAAGAACGCUUUGCACAGCUCGCUCUGCAGGGAAAA